UUCUAACAAAAAAAAGAGAAAAAGAUUGUGAAAAAAAAUAUCAGAUAAAGACAUGCAAAUCAGCAUUAAAUAUUAAUUUGUGUGGAGAUAAGGUAGCAAGAAAAUCACACCUCCUUGUAGAUUUUUUUUCUUUGUUAACGUCAUCUCUUUCCCAACAAUGAUCUACCAAACAGGAAUCUACACACAAUUGAAUCUCAGCCACGUGAAAAGAUAUGUAAAUGUACCUUUCAUGCUUUUUUUUUUGUUUCGUUUUCUCUCAGAUUGUUGUAAACUCGUAAGAAGCAGAUCAGACCAAAGAGAAGGAUAAAAAUGGCAGGAGGGUCAAUUGGUCCGACCGGUGUGGCUAAGGAAAGAGCAGAACAAUACCAAGGGAAAGUCACUAGCUAUGUCAUCAUCGCUUGCCUUGUUGCAGCCAUUGGUGGAGCCAUCUUUGGUUAUGACAUUGGAGUCUCAGGUUUGGAAUCCAAUAUAAAUCUGAAAGGUUAUGUUAAAAUGGGGUCAAGAAAAGAUUUUGAGUUUUGUUUUACAGGUGGAGUCACAUCAAUGGAUGAGUUCCUUGAGGAGUUUUUCAAAACGGUUUAUGAUAAGAAGAAGCAAGCUCAUGAGAGUAAUUACUGUAAAUAUGAUGAUCAAGGAUUAGCUGCUUUCACUUCUUCACUAUAUUUGGCUGGUCUUGUUUCCACUCUGGCCGCUUCACCGAUUACCAGAAACUAUGGGAGGCGUGCGAGUAUUGUCUGUGGUGGGAUUAGCUUUCUUGUUGGAGCUGGUUUGAAUGCUGGUGCUGUCAACUUACCAAUGCUUCUUGCUGGGAGAAUCUUGCUCGGUGUUGGCAUUGGGUUUGGUAAUCAGGCGGUUCCUUUGUACUUAUCAGAAGUGGCACCAACACAUCUCAGAGGUGGUCUGAACAUGAUGUUCCAGUUAGCUACAACUCUUGGGAUCUUCACUGCCAACAUGGUCAACUACGGUACUCAACAGCUAAAGCCUUGGGGAUGGAGACUCUCUCUAGGUUUAGCUGCAUUCCCAGCUCUGCUCAUGACGCUAGGCGGGUAUCUCUUACCCGAGACACCAAACAGUUUGGUUGAAAGAGGGUUAAAGGAUAAAGGAAGACGAGUUCUAGAGAAGCUAAGAGGAACCCAAAACGUAGACGCCGAGCUUCAAGACAUGGUAGAUGCAAGCGAGCUAGCCAACUCCAUCAAACACCCAUUCAGAAACAUUCUACAGAAACAACAUAGGCCUCAGCUAGUUAUGGCGAUUUGCAUGCCAAUGUUUCAGAUCCUCACGGGGAUAAACUCAAUCCUCUUCUACGCACCUGUUCUGUUUCAGACAAUGGGGUUUGGAGGAAACGCUUCUCUCUACUCAUCAGCGCUAACGGGAGCUGUUCUUGUCCUCUCAACUUUGAUCUCCAUAGCGCUAGUGGAUAAGCUGGGAAGACGAGCUCUCCUCAUCAGCGGAGGGAUACAAAUGAUAAUCUGCCAAGCUAUAGUCUCAGUGAUCUUAGGCCUCAAAUUUGGAGAGAACCAAGAGCUGUCAAAAGGGUAUUCAGUAGUAGUAGUCAUCUUCAUCUGCCUCUUUGUUGUAGCGUUUGGAUGGUCAUGGGGACCUUUAGGAUGGACUAUACCGAGCGAGAUCUUCCCGUUGGAGACUCGUUCCGCGGGGCAAAGUAUCACGGUGGCUGUGAAUCUUCUCUUCACUUUCAUCAUAGCUCAAGCUUUCUUGACUAUGCUAUGUGCGUUUAAAUUCGGAAUCUUUCUGUUCUUUGCUGGAUGGGUUACAGUGAUGACAAUCUUUGUCUACUUCUUGUUGCCUGAAACCAAAGGAGUGCCGAUUGAAGAGAUGACACUCUUGUGGAAGAAACAUUGGUUCUGGAAAAAAGUGUUGCCUGCAACAAACCUUGAGAGUAACAACAAUAGCUCUCUAUGAAUUAUAGAGAUAUAUAUAAAAACUAGUUUUGUAAGGUAAUUAAUUAGUUUUAUGAUUUUGUCAACAACAAAUCAAGAAAGAAAGUUUUAUGUUAACACUAAGAUUUUUAUUGCAUAUAUGUAAAAGAAAGAUGUGAUCUCUCAUGUCAUCAAGAAAGAUCCAAAAACACACAAAGCAAAAGCCGAUCACAUUCUCCAUCUCUGCUUCUUCUUGAUGUGAAACAAA